AUGUUAAAAGUUCAACAUUGUGUAACAGCUGUGAAGAUACCAAAGAAAAAGCCAUAUAUUUGUGACAUGUGCUAUAAACAAUUUGAAACUCCAUCAAAAUUAGCUAGGCAUUAUCUCAUACAUACUGGUCAAAAGCCAUUUGAAUGUCAUGUAUGCAAUAAAACUUUUAGGCAGCUAGUCCACCUGGAGAGGCAUCAGUUAACCCAUAAGCUGCCUUUUAAGUGUAUUGUUUGUUAUAGAAACUUCAAAAAUGUAGUCACUUUCUUAAAGCAUCAGAAGCUUCAUAAUGAAAAUUAUGCGAAUGAUACAAAGCAAGCAGAAAACUAUAUAAAUGCUGAGCAAGACAGGGUCACUUGUGGCAUAUUUCAUUGUUCUGUGUGCUGGAAACCCUUUACAGCUAAAGAGAGGUGGAUGCUGCAUCAGUGCCUCAAGUCAGAUCAUCUACAUGGUUCCAGAAGGAGAAAGAAGAAAACUCACACUUGUGAAUCAUGUAACAAGACGUUCCCAUCAAGAUCCAAGCUAGAAAGGCACUUCCUUAUUCACACUGGCCAGAAACCUUUUGUGUGUUCUUCAUGUGGCAAAUCUUUCCGACAGUCAACACACUUGAAAAUUCAUCAGCUCACACACACAGAAGAAAGGCCUUUUCAGUGCUGUUUUUGUCAGAAGGGAUUUAAAAUACAGAGCAAACUCAUGAAGCAUAAACAGCUCCAUGCCAGAAAUAAGACUUUCCCCAAUAUUGUAUGCAAAGCAAAGAUCCUUAAAUAUCCCAGACCACACAAUGUGUUGGAAGGAAAAUGGGAUAAUUUUGAGAAUGCUGAUACACACAAGUCACAAGAGAAUGACCUACAUGAUGUGCACUCAAUUUAUAUUGUACCUUUUCAGUGCCCAGCAUGUGACCAGUGUUUUGAAACAGAGCAUGUUCUAAAUUUGCACAGAUGUUGUUCAAAAGGUAGCAGAAGUUCAGAUAAUGGCACAGCAGCAUGCAGACACACAGUCAACAGGAAAAAUAAGACCCUGAUGAAAAUGAAGCAUACUGGAGGAAAGACAACAAAUUUUUCUCUGGCUGACAGAAAAAAAAUGAAAUCAGGUCACGCUGGAAGUCCUGACCUGGUUACAGCUAGAGAUCAGUGUUGUGAUCAGCACGUGUCCACUAAACCUUCCAAGAACUGCCAGAGCAGGUGUGACAGGCACAAGUCAGUUUGUAAUCAGAUGAAAAGAAUGUUUGCUGGGCUAUUACCUUGGCAAGAGUACCCACAACCUCCUGACUUGGGCUGUAAUUUAAAAGGUUUGCUUCCUGGUGAAAGCAUGUUAAAUGUCAGUGGUUCACUGGAUAAUAAAGGUGAUGCUUUUUAUGGUUCAUCAAAUGAUAGUUUUUUUGAUAAUCCAGAAGCACUCCACUGUGCUUUUUCAUCUUCUGCUAAAAAUACACAUAACAGACACAAAGUGUGUAAAUGUGACAGAUGUGAAAAAAUUUUUCCAUCUUCAUCCAAACUUCAAAGACACUAUCUUAUACACACGGGACAAAAGCCCUUUGGCUGUAAUGUUUGUGGGAAGACAUUUAGACAGUCAGCUCACUUAAAAAGACAUCAGCUCACCCAUACUGAAAAGAGAGCCUGUAAAAGCCCUGUUUGCCAGGUAGAAUUUGAAAAGCUGAACAAACUUUUCAAUCAUCAGGAAGAUCACACUGAAUUUAAGUCUUCUCAGCCUGUGGGUUGUUCAGGUUAUUCUCAAACACCUUCACAGCCAUCUGGCUUUCAAGAAUUUGAGCUGAUUCAGUCAAACCAAACAGCUGAAAUCAAAGUUGAAAUUGAGUCAGGGGAUUUUGUUCUUGACACCAGCAGUAGAAACCCACAGACGUAUUUGUGCAGUAAAUUGUUGGGAACAGAGCAGAGCUGUUACAGCUAUUGGCAUGAUUUUUCUGAAGGUACUGAAAAAAGUGAAGCUGUUAACAAAUUAUAUCAAUGCAGUAUCUGCUUUAAAACUUUUAAAUCUCCUUCAAAGCUUGAAAGACAUCACCUAAUGCAUGCUGGACAGAAGCCAUUUGAAUGUUUAGUUUGUGGAAAAAAAUUCAGACAGGCCCCACAUUUGAAAAGACACCACCUUAUUCACUUUAAAGAGAGCUUAAAGCUUAGUUCCACUGAGGAACAAGCAGAGAAUAUCUUAUUAUCAAAACGGGCUAAUGUCAAAUGA